CCCGCCGACCGCUUUCAUGCUCUAUUCGGUCCCGACAUACGAUAUAUUCGCGAGACUCUACGCGACGCAAGGACGCGAUGGAGCAUGGCCGAUGACGAUUGGAAGUCCAACAUCCGAGCGAUCCCAGACACGAAGGAUGGACUCUGGGACAAGGUCACGACGACCUUCAAGCUCAAACCCGCACGCACUCGGCGACAGGUCGUCGAGAUGCACCAGGCUGGUCUCAUCGAUGUAGAAACUAAUCCUCCGCUGCUGUAUGCGUCUGGCAUUGAUUCAGAGGGCGAUGACGAUGACGUUGUGAUGGUUGAGGCCCCAUAG